CACUCAGUCUAAGAUCCAGCCAACCUUCAGGGGGAGCUUUCUAUUUUAGCUCUCCUAGUCAAGUCUCCCUCGGUCACUCCCAGUCGAUCUCAAGCUUUUCGCACCAGCGCCUUUCAUUGACAGGAGUUCCCUGCUAGCCAACUUCGCGUUCUCCACCGUCACUCACACGCCACCAUGAGGGAAAUUCUUCACAUCCAGGGCGGCCAGUGCGGCAACCAGAUUGGAGCCAAGUUCUGGGAGGUCAUCUGCGAGGAGCACGGCAUCGACCCCCUCGGCAACUACAAGGGCGACUCUCCCCUGCAGCUCGAGCGCGUUAACGUCUACUACAAUGAGGCCAGCGGCGGUCGCUACGUCCCCCGUGCCAUCCUCAUGGAUCUGGAGCCCGGUGUGAUGGACAGCGUCCGCUCGGGCCCGUACGGCAAGGUCUUCCGCCCCGACAACUUCGUGUUCGGGCAGUCCGGCGCCGGCAACAACUGGGCUAAGGGCCACUAUACGGAGGGCGCGGAGCUCAUCGACUCGGUGCUGGACGUCGUGCGCAAGGAGGCGGAGAACUGCGACUGCCUGCAGGGCUUCCAAGUGUGCCACUCGCUGGGCGGCGGCACGGGGUCCGGCAUGGGCACGCUGCUCAUCUCGAAGAUCCGCGAGGAGUACCCCGACCGCAUGAUGCUGACGUUCUCCGUGUUCCCGUCGCCCAAGGUGUCGGACACGGUCGUGGAGCCGUACAACGCGACGCUGUCCGUGCACCAGCUCGUCGAGAACGCCGAUGAGUGCAUGGUGCUCGAUAACGAGGCGCUCUACGACAUCUGCUUCCGCACGCUCAAGCUCGCCAACCCCAGCUUCGGCGACCUGAACCACCUCAUCUCCGCGACAAUGAGCGGCGUCACGUGCUGCCUGCGCUUCCCCGGGCAGCUUAACUCGGACCUGCGCAAGCUCGCCGUCAACCUCAUCCCCUUCCCGCGCCUCCACUUCUUCAUGGUCGGCUUCGCGCCGCUCACCUCCCGCGGCUCGCAGCAGUACCGCGCGCUGACGGUGCCCGAGCUGACGCAGCAGAUGUGGGACGCGAAGAACAUGAUGUGCGCAGCGGACCCGCGCCACGGGCGGUACCUGACGGCGUCGGCGAUGUUCCGCGGGAAGAUGAGCACCAAGGAGGUGGACGAGCAGAUGCUGAACGUGCAGAACAAGAACUCGUCGUACUUUGUGGAGUGGAUCCCCAACAACGUCAAGUCGUCCGUGUGCGAUAUCCCGCCGCGCGGUCUCAAGAUGGCGUCGACGUUCAUCGGCAAUAGCACGAGCAUCCAGGAGAUGUUCAAGCGCGUGAGCGAGCAGUUCACGGCCAUGUUCCGGCGCAAGGCUUUCCUGCAUUGGUACACGGGCGAGGGCAUGGACGAGAUGGAGUUCACGGAGGCGGAGAGCAACAUGAACGACCUGGUGAGCGAGUACCAGCAGUACCAGGAGGCCAGCACGGAGGAGGACGCCGAAUACGCGGACGAGGAGGCCGAGCCCGCCAUGUGAGCGCCGCACGCGCUGGCGCGCGCGGACGGGCACGCGGAUGUGGAUGCGGACGCGAUGCCCGCGAUUCUAGAGGCAGGUGCUUUUUUCCUAUAGCGGAGUUGAAAGGAAUGUCUGGCGUCGGGGUGAAGAAAUCGCUGGAAGCGAUGACGGUCGUAUCUGCUGGCAUGGAAAUGGGUGUGGUGUGGUACGGUAGGAGUGUACAGCCCAGACAGAGUGGUGGCGGUGGCUUCCCUGUUUGAUCCCUCGACUUAGGCUCGACGUAUGUGCGCGAUGCUUUUCCCUAGAUUUUGUUUCCCCUUCCCUUUCCAUUCAAUUGCUUAGUUUGUUAGGGUCGUUGAGAGUGUUGCAGACAAUGUUAUGAAACGAAUACUGUCCAUCGACUGUCUCGUCAAUACCGGGCCGUUGAUUGUCCAUGCUUCACAACUCUCCACAGUGGACACCCCGUGACUGACAUGCAUGCAAGAGAGCUUGACAAAGAUUGCUGCUUGCAAUGCCGUGUGUGGGAUGCAUGUAACCCGAUAUGGUGGUGGUCGAAAUGGGAAGGAGACAGAGGAGUGGGGAAGGAGGGAGGAGGUAAGAAAGUAGGGCAGUAUGGCGAUGUGGGUCGGUAUAUAUUCGGUGGUCUGUUGGAUAAGAUUAUUC